AUGCGUCCCGGCCAACAGUGGUUGGCGAUCGGGAUGCUCCUCAUCAUACCGCACUCCGAAAUGAGACCAGACCCCAGCAACGACCACUUCAAAGACAACCCCAACAUCAGGCACCACCACCGGCAUAAACACAAACAACAUUUCAUGACAGAACAGUACAACGAACAGGGCUUCUUUGAGCCAAUGUCAAAUCUGAAUUCACUUAUCGAUAGAGAUUUAGUUAGUUACGAUAUUAUAUUAAAAAAUGAUGGCAAAAGCGAUUGGAUAAACAUGUCCAAUGAUCAGAUAGGUGAAAUGAGAGAUAAGAAACAUCAUCCACACUGGCCUAUUAAAAGGGAGGCAGUUAUUGAAGGAGAUUUAGUACUUGGUGGUCUAAUGAUGGUGCAUGAGAGAUCGGAUAGCAUGACUUGUGGUCCUGUGAUGCCACAAGGGGGGGUGCAAGCUUUGGAAACGAUGUUGUAUACUUUAGAUAUAAUUAAUGAGAGGAAAAUGAUACCUGGGGUUGUCCUUGGUGCCCAUAUUCUAGAUGAUUGUGAUAAAGAUACUUACGGACUGGAAAUGGCUGUGGAUUUUAUCAAAGGAUCUAUCAGCAACAUCGAUGAUGCGGAGUACGCGUGUAACGCGACGGCGUUGAGGAAGGUGAUCUCCGGCGUGGUGGGGGCCGCCUCCAGCGUCACCUCCGUGCAGGUCGCCAAUCUGCUCAGGCUCUUCAAGAUACCACAGGUCUCCUUCUUCUCCACAUCGCCCGAGCUGUCAAAUAAGGCCCGCUUCGAGUACUUCACGCGCACCAUACCCUCGGACCUGCACCAGGUGCGAGCGAUGGUGGAGAUAGUCAAGAGGCUGGGUUGGAGCUACGUGUCCAUCAUUUAUGAGGAAUCCAGUUAUGGUAUCAAGGCCUUCGAAGAGCUGGAAGCUUUAUUGGCUCGCAGCGGCAUCUGCAUCGCAGUCAAAGAGAAGCUGGUGAAAGACUCAGGAGUCGCUGACGAGAGGGCCUAUGAUGACAUUGUCCUGAAACUCCUGACCAAGCCAAGGGCUAGGGGAGCUAUAAUCUUCGGCUCCGACCAGGAAGUGGCUGGAGUGAUGAGAGCAGUAGAACGAGCCAACGCCACUGGUGCCUUCAGCUGGGUGGGCUCUGACGGCUGGUCAGCAAGAUCCCUGGUCUCAGACGGAAACGAGAGAGCGGUGGAGGGAACCAUUAGUGUCCAACCUCAAGCCAAUGAUGUCGAGGGGUUCACGGAGUAUUUCCUGAAGCUGAACGUGAAGAAUAAUAGGAGAAAUCCUUGGUUUGUUGAAUUCUGGGAGGACCACUUCCAGUGCCGGUACCCUGGCAGUCCCAGGACCCCCUACAACCUCCAGUACGAGCAGCCCUGCUCGGGCUCGGAGCGACUCACGCUUGACAACACGGAGUUUGAGAGGCAGCUGCAGUUUGUCUCAGACGCUGUUUUCGCUUUCGCCCAUGCUAUAAGGGACAUGCACGCAGCCGUGUGUGGUGGAAGACCAGGUCUCUGCGACGCCAUGAAGCCGGCGAGCGGGGCUGACUUGCUACGGUACUUGAGGAAAGUCAACUUUACUGGGCUGAGCGGAGACGCGUUCCACUUUGACAACAACGGCGAUGGACCGGCCAGGUAUAACAUUCUGCACUUCAAGCAGCUGACCCAGGGCGUCUACCGGUGGGUCAACGUGGGGCAGUACCUGGAUGGGGAACUGAGGCUCGAUAUUGAUGACAUCCAGUUCAAAUGGGGGGAGCGAAGACCUCCUGAGUCCGUCUGCAGCGCGGAGUGCGAGCUGGGCCAGGCCAAGCAGUACGUGGAGGGAGAAAGUUGUUGCUGGCACUGUUUCAACUGCACUCAGUACGAGAUUCGUUCCCCGUUCGUGGAGACGGCCUGCAUGGUGUGCCCCCGGGGGACCCUGCCGGACCCCACUCGGACCCUCUGCAGGCCGAUACCCGAGGCCUACCUCCGCCCCGACUCCGCCUGGGCCAUCGGCGCUAUGUCGUUCUCAUCUGUCGGUAUACUGAUAACUGCCUUCGUCUGCGGAGUUUGGGUGCGCCACAGCUCGACCCCCGUGGUCCGUGCGAGCGGGAGAGAGCUAUCUUACGUCCUGCUCGCCGGGAUCCUCAUGUGCUACCUGGUGACCUUCGCGCUGGUCUUCCGCCCUACCGACCUUCUUUGCUCCAUACAGAGAUUCGGCACCGGUUUCUGCUUCACCGUGGUCUACGCCGCGCUGCUGACGAAGACCAACAGGAUCUCCAGGAUCUUCAAUGCUAGCAAGCACUCGGCCAAACGACCCAUACUCAUCUCACCCAGCUCCCAGCUCGCUAUUUGUGCCGCUUUAGUCUCUAUACAGGUUCUCAUCGUAGUAGUAUGGAUGAUAGUCGCCCCGGCAAGGGCGAUGUUCCACUACCCCACGAGAGAAGACAACAUGCUGGUCUGCGACUCCUACGUGGACGCCUCCUACAUGAUCGCCUUCUUCUACCCCAUAGUCCUGAUCCUCAUCUGCACCGUGUACGCUGUUCUCACAAGGAAGAUACCAGAGGCUUUUAAUGAGAGCAAGCAUAUUGGCUUCACGAUGUACACGACGUGCGUGAUCUGGCUGGCGUUCGUGCCGCUGUACUUCGGCACGGCGUCGCACGUCCCGCUGCGGGUCACCAGCAUGGCCGUCACCAUCUCCCUCAGCGCCAGCGUCACGCUCGUCUGUCUCUUCUCUCCUAAGCUAUACAUAAUCCUGAUCCGACCAGAACGAAAUAUACGUCAGAGCAUCAUGCCGGUGCGGUACAGUAAGAAACCUGCGCCCGCGCAUUCUACGCUGCCGCUUCACCCUACACAAAACAAGAAACCUUCUUGCGCAGACAAACAAACUCAAACAGAUCCAGCUGAUUUCGUCAAACUAACAAACGGACAAACACAACUCACCAAUGAAAAGGAGAAAGGUGACGCAGUGGAACCAGUUCAAUGUAAUAACAUUAACGCUUUACCAAAUAACGUUAACGAUAAAGCCAAUAACGUUAAUAUAGCCAAUGAAAAGGCUGACUCCUUAUAGCAACGAAAUUCUUCCAAAUCACUCAAUGAAUUUGUACCUAGGUUGAGACGUGGCAGUUUAAGAAAAAAAAGUUGCUCGUGCAAAGGCAGGGAAAGGAAACCAGUUGUAGUUUAAAAAAAUCAUAAAAUAUUUAAGAAGAAAAUAAUAAAAAUGUAAAUUGUUGAAUCCAUUUAAGAGUUCUUCCCUAGUUAAGGUAGGUAUAUGAGAAAUAAUGUUCCAGAGAUUUGCAUUGUAACUAUAAUGGCUUUGUAUAUCACGGCUAAAUACCUGUCACAUUUUAUUCAUGAUAUCUCAAUAUUGUUACGUACAUAUUGUAAAUAUUAUAUUCAGUAUGAUUUAAUUGUAAAUACAAGAAAAAGAAUGUAAAUAUUAAAAUAAAAGACAAAUAGUGAUGUGUUGUAAAUAUGAUGUUUUAAAAUAAGGAGUAUAUUAUGAAAUUCUGUUAUAUCAAGUGAUUUAUAAGGAUACAUGUAAAAUAUGUAUACAGGGCAAAGCUGUGAGCCCAGACUGUAGAAAUAGAGUAAAGGAUGAAUGUAAAUUGAUUGAAAGUGUAUGCGUCUUUAUUGAGAAAAUGAGGAAAGAUUUUAAUGCAUACGGUCCUUAAACACCUAAUUAUAAUAACAUCUACGUACCUACGUAAA